AUGCCUAAGAAACUUGUCCUCAUGAACAAGUGCUCCUUUACCCUCGAAGUCCUCGAUUAUCCCUUCAACCUCACCCCGGUCAAACUGGCUGUCUUACUAUUCUAUUUACGUAUUUUUACAUCCCGUAAGUUCCGGAUCCUUGUCUACACAGUAGGAUUACUGGCUCUUGCGCUGCAUGCACCUCUAGGACAGAGACUCGGCGUGACAGGUGUUUCCUUGUUGGGUGGAGUAGUACUGAUGGGAGAUUUCAGAGAAAAUGUGGCUAACGUUGUGAAAAUGACGAUAUAUUUGUCCGAAUCAGACUUCGCCAUGGAGGAUCCAACGUGUAAGAAUCGAUACCAGCAUCUUGCUGAAAUCAAGACUAAUUUAUAUCAAACCAAAGUUCGUGGCCCAAUUUGGUAUUUUGAUGAUCCUCGAAGGGGACUGAUCAUCAUCGCCGCUUGCAUUAUCAGUAUUUGGCCUCUUUUUACUCAGGUCAUGCCACGGCAUUUUCACGCAAGAUUCUCUCGAGAGACAACCACAAAAGUUGGAAACCAGGAAGGUAUUGCAGGUGUUCAAGAGGUUCGUCCGAGUAGCUUCCCCGUCCUUGCCGCCUUCCUCCUUGGCGAAUUUGGAGGUUCAAAGAUAGUCGAUCCUUGCAGACGACGAGAUCGGUAG